AUGCAGUGCGCACUGUGCGCGAAGCUGGGAGGAUUGGUGCGGGCGGUGCCGCUCGCCAACGAGGUGCGGCUGUUGCUGCUGCCAGCGCUCCUCGGCAGCGCCCUCGGUUUCCUGCGGCGAUUGUGGUUCAUCUCGGUCGGCUAUGGCGCGGCGGUGAGCCUGGUGUCGGCCGCGAUCGCCACAGAGGCACUGAGCACCUUCGGAACCCUCGAUGUCUUCCAGCUGCUGUACGUCACCACGUAUGUCAAGUACGGGAUCCGCCUGUCGUGCUUCCAACUGUGGAGGGAGCUGUCGAGCGACGGAUACAUCAACCAUCUGCGCGAGACCACGUCGUGGGGCCGAAGCGAGCGCUCGUCCUGGAGCGACGUCCUCUUGUGGUUCUCCAUUGCGCCACUCUACGCCUUCCUGUGCCUUCCGCUGCGGUUCGCGCUACGCGACCGGGUCCUGUUUGCGCACUCGAGCCUAGCCUGGGCCGGGCUGGCCGUCAUGUGGCUCGGUCUGCUACUCGAGAGCCUCGCGGACGUCCAGAAACAGAUUUUCAAGUCUUCCGGUCCUUCCACUGCACGGCACUUCUGCUCCACGGGGACUUUCCGGCUGUGCCGACACCCGAACUACUUGGGCGAGUGUCUCACGUGGGUCGGCGCGUGGCUCGCGGCCUCUGACGCGUACCCAUCGUGCCUUGCUGCCGUUGGUGCUGCGGCCGCGCCCCUGGGGUUCAUGGUGCCACUCAUGGCCUCGCAAGCGUCUUCCAUGGACCGCAAGGCCGCUCGGCGGUACAUGCGGUUCUCGGACGCCGGCCAGACCCUUGCCAGCUGGGACUUGUACUGCGAGCAAGUGCCCUCGCUGCUCCCCUUCCUGGGCGCGCGCGGGCCGGUGCUUCCGCUUGACCGCGGCCGCGAGCUCGGCGCCUCGCCGCGGCCGGGCGGGUCCGACGCCCCUGAGCGCGGCAAGGACGAAUGA